AAGAAGAAAACACGUUAAACUUGACGUGGACUAAAGUAGCUGGCUCACUGUAGCGAAUUAAAAUAUAAAGAUUUUUAAUUAUUCCACACUGUUAUAUGAGUGGUGAUCCUAUAAAAUAAUUAUCCUAAAUGUUAGGGUAUUGAAAGAAAAUGAUUUUAAAUAUUAAAAUGUUCGCGGUGUUGAGUGUGAUACUGUUACCAUUAUUUUUAAGUCAACAAACAGAAGCAGCAGCGGUUAUAUCCAUCGAUUUAGGUUCAGAAUGGAUGAAGAUCGGCAUCGUGUCUCCGGGCGUUCCGAUGGAGAUUGUGUUAAAUAAGGAGUCGAAGAGGAAGACACCAGCUGUCGUGGCGUUCAGGGACGACGUGCGUACAUUCGGCGAAGACGCCGUCAAUGUUGGCGUCCGGUUCCCGAAAAAUUCAUACAAGUAUUUGUUGGAUUUACUUGGAAAGCCGUAUGAUCACCCUAUGGUCCAAGCAUAUAGAGCCCGCUAUCCAUACUUUGAGAUAGUACCCACAGAGCGAGGAACUCCAGUUUUUGUACAUGAUGAGAAGACAAAAUUCUCACCGGAGGAGUUGGUUGCACAGCUUUUAGCUAAGGCUAAAGAUUUUGCUGAAAUAAGCCAUGGACAACCAAUUACCGAGUGUGUUAUCACUGUGCCCGGAUACUUCAACCAAGCUGAGCGUCGUGCGAUGAAGGACGCCGCCGCUCUCGCCGGUUUGAAUGUCUUGCAACUCAUCAAUGACUACACUGGAAUCGCCAUCAACUAUGGCAUAUUUAGGAGGAAGGAAAUCAACGAGACGGCAUGGCACGCCUUGUUCUUCGACAUGGGCGCUGCAUCCACAAAGGCCGCACUUGUCGAGUACAAGACUGUUAAGAUAAAGGACAAGGGCUACGUUGAGACUGUGCCGCAACUGCAAGUGCUGGGCGUUGGCUUUGAUAGGACUUUGGGUGGUCACGAAAUGACACUGCGCCUUCGCGAGCACCUGAUCAAGGCAUGGGAAGCGAACGGUGGCGGUGACGUCAGAGCUUCACCCCGUGCUAUGGCUAAGCUACUGUUAGAGGCUGAGAGACUGAAGAUUAUAUUGUCUGCAAACACUGAGUUCUACGCUCAGAUUGAGAGCUUACUUGAUGAUAAGGACUUUAAACUACUGGUGACCCGCGCCGAGUUCGAGGCGCUGUGCGCGGACCUGUGGCCGCGCGUGUCGGGCGUGGUGCAGCGCGCCAUCGCGGCGGCGGGCGGCGCGGGCUCGGGCGCGCGCCUCGUGCUGGCGGGCGGCGCCUCGCGCGUGCCCGCCGCGCUGGCCGCGCUCACCCACGCCGUGGGCCACGACCCCGCCAGGUCCAUCAACGCGGACGAGGCCGCCACCAUGGGCGCCGUCUACAGGGCGGCAUCUCUGGCAACAGGCUACAAGGUGGCACCCCUAAACGUACGCGACGCUGUUCUCUUACCUAUCCAAGUCACUUUUACACGAAACAUUGACGGCAACGAGAAGCUGAUCAAGAGGACAUUGUUCGGCCCCAUGAAUCCCUACCCACAGAAGAAGGUAAUCACUUUCAAUAAACACACCGACGACUUCGGCUUCCACGUCAACUAUGCUGAGCUAGACCACAUUCCUUCCAAUGAAAUCGCGUUCAUCGGAUCCGUGAACCUUAGCCAAGUUCUGUUGAACGGAGUUGGUGCAGCCUUAGCUAAGCACACUGGCGAAAACAUUGAACACAAGGGAAUCAAGGCGCACUUUAACAUGGACGACUCUGGUCUUCUAAACUUGGUUAAUGUGGAAUUUGUUGCUGAGAAAACUGUAACAGAUGAGGAUGAUGACAAAGACAGCACCUUGUCUAAGAUCGGAAGCACGAUAAGCAAACUCUUUGGAUCAGAUGCUGAAACUCCAGAAAAGGUAGAAGAAAAACCUGAAGAACAACCCCAAGAUGGUGAAGCUAAAAAUGAAACAAAGAAGAUAAAUGAGACGGAAACAGAUAAGCAGAAUGCUACUGAACCCGAGGUCAAACCCAAGCCAAAGAUAGUCGUUCUUAAAGAGCCUGUCAAGUCUGAGGAACAACACAUAAACUUGCAACCUCUUUCACCAGAACAGUUCAAAACUUCCAAAGCGAAGAUAGCAGAGCUGAACUUGGUUGAUAAAAAACGAGUUGAGCGAGAAACUGCGCUUAACAACUUGGAGGCUUACGUCGUAGAUGUACAAAUGAAGUUGGAUAUGGAUGAGUAUGCCGAAUGCGGAACUCAAGAACAGAUCGAUGAGAUAAAGAAACUUUGCACUGAGACAUCCGAAUGGUUAUACGAAGAUGGUUAUGAGGCGGCCACAGACUUGUUUGAGGCUAAGUUAGCUGCCAUCAAGGAUAAAACUAACCCAAUAUUCUACAAUUUUUGGGAACAUAGGGAGAGGCCCGAUGCCAUCGCCGCACUCCGCAACUUGUUAAAUAACUCAAGCGAAUUCCUUAAAGUGGCAAGAAACCUUACAAAGGACUUCAAUCCUGACAAGGAAGUGUUCACUGAUGUCGAAGUAAACGUAUUAGAGAAAAAGAUUGAUGAGACCGGGUCUUGGCUCAAGACAUCUAUCAAGGAGCAAAACGCUUUGAAAAAGAACGAAGAAGUCAAACUAACAGUGGAAAGCAUUAGAGAGAAGUUGUCAAGCUUAGACCGUGAAGUGAAGUAUAUGUUGAACAAGAUGAAAAUAUGGCGACCAAAGAAGCCGGUUAAGAAGGAAGCUGAAAACAAAACUGAAGAGCCUAUUCUUGAGCCAGAAACGGUUGAUGAGGAGGAGAAAGCUGAAGAUACGCAGGAGGAGAAGCCGGCCACAGAAAAAGCUGAGGAAACCGAGACCACUGAACCACCGCUGCAGCUUUCCGAUGGCGAAGACGAACAUUCCGAGUUAUAAUAACCGUGUCAAGUAAUUUAAUGUAUUAGAUUAAUUUAUUUUUUAUUUAAAUGACUUGUUUGUGUGGCUUGUUUGUUUUAAUAUGUGGAUCAGUAAGUUUGAUUAUAUCAAUUUAAUUGUAUAUUUUCGCAUUUAGUUCUUCCAUCCAAUUUGUAUUUAUUUGGGGUACUUUUAAAGUACUUUUAUGUUGUGGGUUGUCAAGCUGUAGUGAUCUCAAAUUAAGAGAAUUUAAUAAUAACCAGUGUUGUGCAGAAAGCGGCGACCUACUUUAAUUUAUUUAUUUGGGUAUAAUUAAGAGACGGGGUGUUAACGGAUUAAAAAAUAACUCGAUUCUUCAUAUGCUAACUAGAAUGAAACAUAACCUAAGUAGUAAUAGAAUUAAUCAUUAUGAAUGGUAGCCUUUCAAUAUGUACUAGAUCCGUAAACUUAUAUAAUAAUUAAUAAUAUAGUAAAUGAAACUCUUCGUUACCGAAAACGAACAAGCCACCGAUAUGAACUUGCUAUAUAAUCUCAAAUCAAACUGUGGCCGCCUUCAUUAUUCCAUACUCACAGAAUUUUUAAUAUUUCUUAUUGUAUUCGUUUUUUUAAAUAUUAUAUUCAUUUUUUUUUUACAAAAGAGCGGCUUCUCUCUAAGUUUAGCAGUGGCCCCAGUAGUAGCGGACGCGAGAGUGUAAUGUAUUUAUAAUCGUACCUAAACUUUAUGUGAUAUAUUAAAGGCUAUAAGUUUGUGUGAGGAUUAUACUGUUUUUCUACUACAGACACAGUGUAAGCACAAAUUGUACCGGAGCAGAUUAAUCUGUUAUCCUUGAAUGAAUUUGUUAUUUUCUAAGUGAUUUGUGUGUUAACGUACGAAUUUAUUCAUCUUAUUAGUUUGAUCCACUGAUAUACGUGAGAUUUCCGAUGUUAGCCUUCCUAGUUAUAUAUUAACUGUGUAGAAUAAAUGUAUGGUGGUGCGGACUAAUAAUUAUAAAAAAAACUUGAUCAUAAUAUGCGACAUCACAACACCCGAAUGCUUGAAAGUAGUUAAUUUUCUGAAACCUAUGUGUCAAAUAAAGGGACCUAAGUAGUUAUUUACAAUACAAACAGAGGCUAGGAAUUACUCUCUUUUCUCAUGACUUAUUCAUGAUUAUGUAGGAUGCGUCCGUACCGUCGCGAGUGCCUGCGAUACACAGAGCAGUAAACUAAUGGAGAUAUGGAAAGGUCUAUAAUGAAUGAAUUUGAAAACAUCUGUCGGAAAACUAAUAAAAGAGCAAUUUUUAUUACGAAAAAUCAAUCGCUGUUCGUAAGUUUGGCUGUACGCGGUCAUUGUUCAACAAUAUCUAUAAAGUAACGCACAUUAAAGUUAUUCCUUUGCAGUAAACGAUGAACACUCCAUUAUUUUACUAGUCUGUAUUACGAACCAAUUUGAUGUGUCCGUAGAAGUGAAACAGUGUGCGGACUCAGGUCUUACACUUGUAUUGUUUUAAGUGAGAUUCGUUAAAUACCCAGUCGCAAAUGGAAAUAAAUUAUACAUGAAUGAACA